UCCCUACUAGAUCGCUAUAACGGUUCGGUCAAUCAUAUUAAGCGCGCGUCAUUGGAUCUGUACGGUUUAAUUGUUUUGAUAGAUCUUUAUACUAUAUCGGGAUGCAUUCAUCUGGGAUUCCAGGGCUUAUUACCUCUGAUGGUUUAUGUACGUUAUGUCGACGGAAAGCUAUGUGGAUUUGUCAGCGUUGCAUGGACUUUUAUUGCUCUCCGGAAUGUCAACGGAAAGAUUGGCAGCGGCACCGUUAUAUUUGUUUUGCCAUGCCGGGACUAAUAUCUGCUUGUAUAAACUCGGAUCAUGGUGAGGCUCCUGCGAAGCAUUUAGAUAAUGAAAAGCUGGAUAAAUUUUCAACAGGCGCACUGCCUCAAUCUGAAGGAAUAGGUUCCGGCAGUGAAUGUAAAGGGAUCGACACGGUCAAGGAACAUAAGUCAUUUGAACCAGUUACUAUAUUGGGAUUUAUUUCUUCAAAUAUAUGUUUUGUACGACUUGCAAAGGAUACGGAAGCUCAUUUAACUACUCUCAAGAAGAUAGAUGCGAUUGGAAGAGAAGCCCCAUUGUUGGAUAUUUUCCCCUCGGCUCAUACAGUAGCUCUUACGUUAUAUAACGGUAUGUUUAGCCGUGUUGAAGUACUGUCUUUUCCAGAUCAAAAACAUGCCAAAGUUUUGCACUGUGACUAUGGGGUCGUGGCAACUAUCGAAAUUUCCGAUCUACGAGUUGCAGCCGGGGAUAUUCUAAAGUUGCCCCGUUUUUCUAUGAUGGUAAAACUUCAUAACGUAAAUGAAUAUUCGCCUACUGAAACUCUUAUGAGCUUCCUUAACCAAUUCGAAGGUAUUGAGUGCCAAAUGCGUUAUUGCGUUUUGCCAGUGGGAGAGGACGAAGUAGAGCUCGCUAUUUUGGGCUCACGGAGAAAUAUUAAUGAAGAAGUUGUAAAAUUUUGUUCAAAAAUUGCUUUGACAAAUUCCCUGCGUUCAAUUCAUAAAACAAUUGAGAAAGAGGUUGGACAACAUGAAAAUGAAAUUCCAACUGAUGCAGGCAAAGCCGAUAUGUUACUGGAUUUAAAUCACAAUUCUCCAUAUCAGAGUGCGGUUCAAAUGGCUAUAUCCACAAAUUGCGGUGAGAACUUUGGAGAUAAGCCAAUUAUUUCUCCACCUUUCGAAAUAUACGUGUUCAAAUCCGAUUUAAUAAAUUUUAAAGUCGUGGUCUUGGAUACUUCUGCUUUGAACUAUGGGUACAUAGGAUGUAUCGCCGAAACAGAUCUAAAAUAUUUGGUAAAAGUUCAAGAAUAUUUAAGCCGUUAUAAAGAUAACAAGCAAUACUAUAGCCCUAAAUUGCAUGAAUACUGCUUGGCAAGAUUCGAAAAUGAAUGGUAUAGAGCCAGGGCAGUAAAAGUAAAUGAUAACGCACGUUAUACCGUAGUCUACUUGGACUUCACCAAUGAGAGCGUAUUAACCUCAAAAGACAUUCGCCGCUAUCCCGUUGAUUUGAAUGGGGCAUGUCGCACAAACCUUUGUUUAAUUGAUGGCUUGCCAACUUCGUUAAAAAAUGAACAUGUAAACUUUUUGAAAAAGGAAAUAACUACAGAGAGUAAGCUCCUUAUUGAUAGGGUUAAAGAGAUUGUGCAACAAAUUGUAGUGGUCGAAUGUCAGCAUAUAAUUAAAAAAAUGUUAAAUUUGGGGCUUAUAUGAGUUUACCAGUAUUUUUACUAUUGCCAGCUUAUGUACUUUACCAGUGAAAUAAAUGAAUGAAAUUUAUUUUCUUUAUAUA